UUAUAUAGAUGUGUGUGUGUGUGUUGCCUUCGCAGCUCUCACAGUGUCAGAUGGAAAGCGAAGAGAAAGAAACUUUAAAUGAUUAUAAUAUUAUACUCUUGGAAUAGAGUACAAAAGUUGGAUAUCAUGAUAUCUUAGGAAUGUCAGACCAGGUUAUAGACCAUGUAGCCCUGUGUUUUGACAAAUAGAUGAAGAGAGAGAGAGAGAGAGAGAGAGAGAGAGAGAGAGGGGGGCUUUUCGAAUCAAGAUUUCUGCAGGGCCUAAAAGGGUGUUUUCUUUUUAGCUUCUCUUUGAUGGUGGUGAUGGAUUAAUGAGAGAAAAAAAAGUUUCUUCGUAAGCCGUGAUGGGUUGUUGAGUUGUUGCUGCUGCUCCUUCUGCUGCCAUCGUUACAUCUAUUGUACACUGAAGCAAUUCAUGGCUGUGACAGCUAUGAAGCUGUACCACAUGCUUUUCUUCUCUUGGGCGUUGAAUCAUUUUACAGAAGACGACCCCCCUCCUCCUCCUCCUCCUCCUCCUCUGUCUUCGAACUGGGAGUUAUUAUUUCAGCUUUUGGAAGUCGUCGUCGCUCUCAUUAAGUUUGGUGGAGGUAGACAUUGGAGCUUUGCUGGUUGAAGUGGAACGGCCAGUGGAUGGCAUCAACUUCUGGUGGAAACCAAAGUCCAAUGUCUCCAUUGCAGGAGCAAACGCAGACCUCGGGGUAUCAUCCAUACCCUCCACCUCUUGCAGAGUAUGACGAUGUUGUCGCAAGUCCUAGCCUCUUUAUGACUACUUUGGAGAAGCUCCAUUCAACUAUGGGGACCAAAUUCAUGAUUCCUAUCAUUGGAGGCAAAGAGCUCGACUUGCAUCAGUUAUUUGUAGAAGUAACUUCUCGUGGGGGAAUUGAGAAGAUCAUUAAAGAGAGACGAUGGAAGGAUGUGACUGCAAUCUUCAAUUUCCCUUCCACUGCGACGAAUGCUUCGUUCGUGCUGCGCAAGUAUUAUGUUUCACUGCUUCAUCAUUAUGAACAAAUUUACUUUUUCAAGGCCCGCAUUUGGACUCCUCUCUCUGCUGGAACUUUGCAGAGCCCUCCUGUGCCAACAUUUUUAGCACAGCAGAUGGACGCUAUGCGUCCUGCACAAGAAAGCAAAGUGCCCAUGACUGCACAACCAAGGACAACUGCUUCGGACUUUGCUCGAGCAAGCACUGCAUGGCCAGCGAAUUCUCCUGUGGUGGGGGUUAUCGACGGGAAAUUCGAAAGUGGGUACCUUGUAACUGUUUCAAUAGGCUCGGAGAAGUUAAAGGGUGUGCUUUACCAAGCGCCUCAGAGCACUGCCGGAAAAAUGCCUCAGCAAUUCAAUUUCUCUAUCAAUAACAACAACGUAGCUGGAGGUUCUGGCAUUCAACGUCGGCGCAGAAGGAAAAAAUCCGAGAUCAAGAGGAGGGAUCCUGCGCAUCCGAAACCUAACAGAAGCGGUUAUAAUUUCUUUUUUGCCGAACAGCAUGCAAGAUUGAAACCUCUCCACCCUGGGAAGGACAGAGAGAUAAGUAGGAUGAUUGGUGAACUUUGGAACAAGCUAAAUGAAUCUGAAAGAGCUGUGUAUCAAGACAAAGCCCUCAAAGAUAAAGAAAGGUACAAGAUGGAGAUGGAGAGCUACAGGGAGAGAUUGAGGAUGGGACAGGUCGUCAGCGAUGCUGUGCCCCUGCAACAGCGGCUUCCCGAACUGGACGUGGACAUGGCUGAUGCAGAUGCAGAUGCAAAUCCUGAAGAGACUGAAGAGGGGAAUUCUCUCCAAACACAAGAUAACGAGAGUAGCACCGAUAAAAGCUUUACUGAGGACGACAAUAAAGACACCGAGAAGGAAUUGGAUGUAGAGGCUUCACCGGUAUCCGCUGUGGUCGUUGAGAGUAGCAAUUUGGAUGUCAAUGACGCACAUCCUGAGAUGGAAGUUGCAAAUGCAGAGGGUCAUGAGAAGCAGGAUAUAGCCGUUGAGAAUGUUGUAGUGGCAGAAAGCGUCGAAGAUGGGACUGAAAAUGUCGAAGAUGUGGACAAAGAAAAAUUGGGCCAACCUUCUGGCUGAAGGAGGAAUAAUUUUGUUUCGAAACAUUUCAGGGAAGAUCAUCAGCAGAGAUAUUUCAGUUCUGUUUCUAUUUAGUGGUUCUAAUGUUGUUUAGUGAGAGCUACAUGUUCUUUUGCAGAAUUUCUAGUUUUAGGUUAUGGCCAAACCUGGACAGUUUUGGCCUUUGUUCUGAAGAAACUUCUCUUCACGUGUUGAAAUUUGAAUCAAGUAGGAAUGUCAGUGUCCAUUUUUACGAA